UGGAAUAACCCGACAAAACACCACCCAACUGUGCUAUUCCCCGGCGCACCGAACGAUUGUGGGCAUUUGUGCCUCUGUGAAUGUAUGCCAAGUUGACUGCUUCAGGAGCUGUCUGUGUCACCUUUAGAUUAUUCUAUUCUUUUCCACCUCUCUCUUGUAUAAGUAGACACAGAAAGAUUGGUCCUUGAAUUCUCAGAAUUUUUUUUCCGCAUUCUUUGCCGUUAAUUUCUGCCCUUUCUUGCCCUCACAAAAAGGGAGGCAUUAAUCUCAAACUUUCUGUUGCGAUUAAGCCCUGAAGUUUGGGAGCAUUUCAAAACAUUGCGCAUUAAAGAAAAAAAAAAGAAGAAACAUAAAAUGAAAGGGGCUGUUUUUGUUGCUCUGUCUGCCACAGUUGGCAACUUUUUGCAGGGUUGGGACAAUGCUACUAUCGCAGGUGCUGUUGUUUACAUGAAAAAAGAGCUUGAUUUGGAGGCUACUGUGGAAGGGCUAGUUGUGGCCAUGUCACUCAUUGGUGCUACCCUCAUCACAACUUGCUCCGGCUCCAUAUCAGAUUGGAUUGGACGACGCCCGAUGCUCAUUCUCUCAUCUUCCUUUUACUUUUUCAGUGGCUUGGUCAUGCUAUGGUCGCCAAAUGUUUAUGUCCUACUUCUGGCAAGGCUACUUGAUGGAUUUGGAAUUGGGUUGGCAGUCACUUUAACGCCACUCUACAUAUCUGAGACUGCUCCAUCAGAGAUAAGGGGAUCACUUAAUACUUUACCGCAAUUCGCUGGUUCUGCUGGAAUGUUUUUGGCCUACUGUAUGAUAUUUGGGAUGUCCCUGAUGACCUCACCAAACUGGCGGUUAAUGCUAGGAGUCCUUUCUAUUCCUUCACUAAUUUAUUUUGCAUUAACAGUAUUCUAUUUACCUGAAUCUCCUCGAUGGCUUGUGAGCAAAGGAAGGAUGCUUGAGGCCAAACGAGUUUUGCAGAGACUUCGUGGCAAGGAAGAUGUUUCAGGGGAGAUGGCUUUGCUUGUUGAAGGUUUGGCAGUUGAUGGUGAAACAUCUUUAGAAGAGUACAUGAUUGGUCCAGCUGAUGAAGUUACUGAUGAUCAGGUUCCAGCUGCUGGAAAAGAACAGAUCAAAUUGUAUGGAUCUGAAGCAGGCAUGUCUUGGGUUGCCAAACCAGUCACCGGUCAGAGUACUCUUGGCCUUGUUUCCCGCCAAGGAAGCAUGGUUAACCAAAGCAUUCCUUUGAUGGAUCCUCUUGUGACCCUUUUUGGCAGUGUCCAUGAGAAGGUCCCUGAGAUGGGUAGUAUGCGUAGCAUGCUGUUUCCAAACUUUGGAAGUAUGAUCAGUACAACAGAGCCACAGGCCAAAAAUGAAGAAUGGGAUGAGGAGAGCCUUCUGAGGGAUGGGGAAGGUUAUGCAUCAGAUGCUGCUAGUGCAGACUCUGAUGGUAAUUUGCAGAGUCCAUUAAUCUCACGCCAAACCACGAGCCUAGAGAAGGACAUGGUUGCUCCUCCUUCUCAUGGAAGCAUCCUGAGUAUGAGACGUCAUAGUAGCCUCAUGAAAGACAAUGCUGGAGAACCUGUUGGUAGCAUGGGCAUUGGUGGUGGUUGGCAAAUAGCGUGGAGAUGGUCGGAGAGAGAGGGUGGAGAUGGAAGAAAAGAAGGUGGCUUCAAAAGGAUCUUUAUGCAUGAAGAGGCAGGCCCAGGGUCCUUGCGUGGGUCCGUUGUUUCAUUUCCUGGUGGUGAUGUUCCUGAAGAUGCUGAGUUUGUCCAGGCUGCGGCUCUGGUAAGCCAACCUGCUCUUUAUUCCAUGGAGCUUAUAAAUCAGCAUCCAGUUGGACCAGCAAUGCUUCAUCCAUCAGAAACCGCUACAAAAGGUCCAGGUUGGGCUGCAGUUCUUGAACCAGGAGUUAAACGUGCGUUACUUGUUGGUAUGGGAAUUCAAAUUUUGCAGCAGUUUGCUGGAAUAAAUGGGGUAAUGUACUAUACUCCACAAAUCCUAGAACAGGCAGGAGUUGAGGUUCUUCUUUCCAAUCUUGGAAUUGGAUCAGACUCUGCUUCUUUCAUUAUAAGUGCGUUAACAAACUUUUUGAUGCUUCCAUCGAUUGGUGUUGCAAUGUGGUUCAUGGAUCUGUCUGGUAGAAGGGCACUGCUGCUCUCGACCAUACCGGUUCUUACGGUGUCACUGGUUAUUCUGGUUGUUGCCAAUGUGGUGGAUCUCGGCACCAUAGCACAUGCUGUGAUGUCUACCCUGUGCGUCGUGCUAUACUUCUGCUGUUUUGUCAUGGGAUAUGGACCGGUUCCCAAUAUUCUUUGUGCUGAAAUAUUUCCUACACGCGUCCGUGGACUCUGCAUCGCCAUUUGUUCCUUGGUUUACUGGAUAUGUGAUGUCAUUGUCACCUAUACGCUACCUGUGUUGCUUAGUUCCAUUGGUUUGGCCGGUGUGUUUGGCAUCUAUGCUGUUGUCUGUGUGAUCUCCUGGGUAUUUGUUUUCUUGAGGGUUCCAGAGACCAAGGGCAUGCCCCUUGAAGUCAUUACUGAGUUCUUUGCUGUUGGUGCGAAAAAGCCUGCUGCCACUUAAAAAGUAGCUCUACUUGAUUGAGAUGAGAUUUGAUUUUUCUUUUUCUUUUUUCUUAUUACUGAGGAUUCCAUCGCCAAUUAUCAUAUGUGUUAAUUUUAUUAUCAAGAAUAGUAGAAAAAUUUUCUCCAGUCCUGUUUGUGUACUGUGUGAUAUUUUGGUGCUAGCAAGCUGCAGAUGGUACAUGCUGAAGCACUCAUGAUGGAUGGAUGUUGCAGCGUGCUUCAUGAGAAGGAAAAGAAAAAAAGAAUGGAGAGGAGGAAUGCGCAAGGCAAGAGUCAUUCUUAUAUUUCGCUUUCCUUUGUUGUUUGUUCUUUUAAGUUUCUAGUAUGAUAUUUCACAUGUCAGUUGGGCUCUACAUUUUUUCUUUUAAAUUGCUCUACAUUUUUUUUUUUCUAGCAGGGAGGAACAGUAGUAUUUAAGAAGCUGAAUAAAAAAAAAUUUGUUGGGGCUAUCA